CGUGGCCUGACGGGUGCUCUUGCCGGUGGUGCCGCCGGCGCUUUCGGCGGUCACAAGGUUGGCGGCAACUUCGGCCACAGCAAGACCAGCACUUUUAUCGGUGCUGUUGCGGGAGCUUUCGCCGGACACAAGCUGCAAGAUGGUGUGUCCGACUGGAAGGACAAGCGGGACGAGGAGAAGAAGCACGAGCACGACCAAAAGCACGACCACGAUCGCCCUCACUCCCCUCCCAAGGACCAUCACCACGGCCACCACGAUGAUCGCCAUGGUGAUGACAAGCCUCGCAGUGGAAACUACGGCGGUGGCUUCACCGGCUCAUCUAGAGACAUCCGUCUUGAUGCUCACGGAGAGUACAACCUCCACGCUUCCUGCAGACGUCGUGAUGGCGAGUGGCAGAGCAGCACUAUCAGCCUGAACAGAAUCCUCGAAAAUGACCACGGUAGCUUCCGUUGGUCCUCUGGCGGUGGCGGUGGUGGUGACUCUUCCGUGACUGUCCAGCAAGGCGAUACUCUCCGCAACAUCGCCGCGAGGUUCAACGUCGGCUUCGAGGAGAUUGCGAGACACAACAACAUCCCCAAUCCGGACCAGAUCUGGCCCGGCCAGGUCCUUCAGAUCCCCGGCCGUGGUGGAAACUCCGGCGGCAACUUCGGCGCCUCGGCGCGGGAUGCCCGUCUGGUUCAGGGUGGCCAGGUCCUUGAGGCCGAGCUGUCCCGUAACGGCCAGUGGGUGCGCAGCUCUGUGAACUUGGAUGAGAGAAUAGGAAACAACAACGGAACUCUGUACCUUGUCUAA